ACUGCGAUCCUCCCUGACCUUGGGCCAGCCCCUGCGCCGCGGACUGUAAGGAGGGUCCACGGGGUUUCUCACGACUGCGACCGGGGAGUGCCGGAGUGAGCCAUCCAUACUGCAGGGAUGUGCCUAGGGGUCAGUCCUCCAGUCCGCCAGGAGAGUGUCCGGGGCUCAGUCACGCCGACUGCGAGAAUGCACGGCGGUCGGUUCUCCGACUGCAAGGAUGUUUUCUGGAGUUAGUCUCCCUGGUUGUACGGGGCGAGGAGUUGUUGCCAGUCCUUGGGGUUAACAAGGGUCUGUGAGGGUGUGCUCUGAGAUUAUGUCUCUAUACUGAUAGAGCGAUUAUUCCUCAAGACUAAGGGGCUAGGUGGAGGCCCUCCUCAGUCAGCAUUAUGCCCUUUCUGGGGCAUUGAUACACGGAUGGACCUGCCUAACUAUAUAGGCUUUGGUAAAGGAGCAUGCCACCAUCAACUGUGAGCAUCCUGUUCCCUGGCUAGAAUUCAAGCCAGGAAACAUCACUCCAAAGUUAGUGACUUCUUUCCUUUAUGCCACAGGUUUCUUCCAAGUUAGGCUUUGGUAAAGGGAUGUUCGAAAUUGUAUGAAACUACAUUAUAAACCUCAGACUGUCACAUGUCCCCUCUUUCCAGUGUACUGCCAGAUGCUUCAAAGCCUUAUUAAGAAUGUCUGGGUCCCCAUGAAACCCUACUAUACCCAGGUUUACCAGGAAAUUUGGAUGGGAAUGGGGUUAAUGAGCUACAUCGUUUAUAAAAUCAGGAAAGCUGAUAAAAGAAGUAAAGCUUUGAAAGGCUCCAGUCCUGCACCUGCCCAUGGCCAUCAUUAACUGCUCCCUGAGUCCACUCACGAUGAAUCCUGUCGGCUAAACUGAAGCAAGCUGUGUUAGGUGGGAACAUGGAACAUCGCUGUGCACUUACCUAAGUACCAUUUACAAUGUGGCAUUAAUAAAUGUGUGUGAGCAGCACGA